AUGAAACAACAGGAAGAGGAAAAACAUAGCAACAACGAAGCGGAUCGUUAUGACAGCGAACAGCUGACUUUGAUUGUACUUGAAGGAUUUCGAGCGGUGGCCAACGAAACCUUAGCGCUUGAAACAUCCGAUGGGAAACUGGAUGAAAUCGAGCGUUCGCUCAAGAAAGUGCUGAACAAGUUGGCCGAUUUGGAAACAUCUGUGGCGGCGAAGGUGGAUGCACUAGAGAACAAGUUGAUCGCAAAGAUCGCCGAUCUUGAAGAGAAGCUGAUCAAUAAUCAGCCCGGCCAAGCGAAAGUUUACAGCUCAUGCCGGGAAGAACCCGACAAGGUGUCCGGCAGGUAUGUGCUACAAAUCGGCUCCAACAAGAACGUGUCGGUAGUUUGUGAGCAGACCGCGUUCGGAGGUGGUUGGAUUGUAAUCCAGCACCGUUUCAACGGGCAAGUGGAUUUCUACCGAAACUGGACGGAGUACCGGAAUGGGUUCGGCGACCUGGACGGGGAAUUUUGGCUUGGGUUAGAGUACCUGCACAAGCUGACUUGGGCCCGAAAGCACGAGCUUAUGGUGGAGGUGAAAGAUUACGAAGGAAGGUACGGAUACGCACGGUACGACGAGUUCUUGAUCCGAAGUGAAGAGGAAAAGUAUCGUCUGAAGGUAGGGCAUUACACCGGGACGGCCGGAGAUGCGUUGCUUCCUCACCAAGAAAACAAAUUCUCCACGAUGGACGAAGAGAAUGAUUAUCACGACGAUGAACAUUGUGCCAUACAGAUGCACGGUGGCUGGUGGUACAACAGUUGCGGUACGUCCAAUCUCAACGGGCCGUACGGAAACACCACUGAUAAGUGGAAGACAAUGAAGUGGUUCUAUUUGCGAUACAACGGGCUCCCUAUGGCCUACACGAGAAUGAUGCUUAGAGAAGUUAACUAA